AUGGGUAAUAUAAUGUCAGUUUCAUUUGCUCCAGAAUGUACAGAUGCUAAGACAAAGUAUGAUGAUUGUUUUAACAAAUGGUAUACUGAAAAAUUCUUAAAGGGUAAAUCAGUUGAGAAUGAAUGUAGUGAGUUUUGGGAUACAUACAUUACUUGUAUUAAUGCAAAUUUAGCUACCAAAGGCAUUAAGCAAACAUUGGAUAAAGCUAGAGAAGAUCAACCGUUUACUUCUGAGGAAUUGAGGGAAAGUGCAGGAAUUCUGCCUCCAAAAGGCAAGUGA